UUUUUUUUCUAACAUUGCGUGCGUGCGUGCGUGCGUGCAUGCGUGCGUGCGUGUGUAAAAUUUAUGUCCUAAAUUUGUAACAGGAAUAUCAUAAAAAAUAUAUUUAGGUUAUAAUUUGUUGAUGCUGUCUUUUUUUUGGAAUAUAUAAAUCCUUAUUGGAAGAGAGAGGAAGAGAGAGGAGAUAUAUGUAUAAUAUAUUAAUUUAUUUUGAGCGGAGGGCCUCCUAUUAGGCGUGGGUAAUCCUCUUCUUGAUAUUUCAGCGACUGUAGAUAGGAAUUUUUUGGAAAAAUAUGAUUUAAAAUCGAACGAUGCAAUUCUUGCUGAAGAAAAACACAAGCCAAUGUAUGAUGAAUUAGUUGAAUUGUAUAAUGCAAAUUUUAUCGCCGGUGGUUCUGUACAAAAUACUAUGCGAGUAGCACAAUGGUUCCUGGAGAAACCACGAGUUGCAUCUUACAUGGGUUGCGUUGGAAUAGAUAAGUAUUCCAAAAUUCUGGAGGAUAAAGCACGUGCAGAUGGCUUAAAUGUUCGUUAUCAAUAUACAAAGAAAGAACCUACUGGUACCUGUGCUGUUCUUAUUACUGGUAAUGAACGUUCCUUAUGUGCUAAUUUGGCUGCAGCCACUUGUUUUUCACCUUCGCACAUAGAAGAAUCUGAAAAUAAAAAAAUUAUAGAAAUGGCAGAAUACAUUUAUAUUUCUGGCUUUUUCUUAACUGUAAGCCCAGAAACAAUCCUGAUGAUUGCUCAACAUGCUUUAGAAAAGAAUAAAAUGUUCAUAAUGAAUCUGAGUGCACCAUUUUUAUGUGAAUAUUAUAAAAAACCAAUGUUGGAGGCUCUUCCUUAUGUAGAUAUUUUAUUUGGUAAUGAGGCAGAAGCUGAUACAUUUGCAAAAGCAAAUGAUUUUAAAACUACGGAUAGGAAAGAAAUUGCAUUGAAAUUGUCACAAAUGGAAAAACUGAAUAAGAAAAGACAAAGAAUUGUUAUAAUAACACAAGGUCCCGAUAAUAUAUUAGUAGUUAAAGAUAACACCAUAAUUGAGAUUCCUGCUACAAAACUUCCGAAUGAUAAGGUUGUGGAUACUAAUGGAGCUGGUGAUGCAUUUGUAGGAGGUUUUUUGGCUCAACUUGUGCAAGGUAAAAGCAUAGAAGUUUGUAUAAAAUGUGGAAUUUGGGCUGCAACUCAAAUUGUACAAAGAUCUGGAUGUACUUACGAAGGGAAACCUGAUUUUAUUCCUUAAUCACACUUAAGUCAGUUAAUAAUUGUAAAUUCUGUACUUAAUAAAUGUUUUAACAACUUUUUACCUCAA